AGUGCUCGGAACUACAAACACACACACAUCAACACAACUAUAUUUAACAUCGUAUCAUCAAAUAAUAUCAACAACAUAUUCGCUACCAUGGCCGUCAACUACAAAAGCUGCCCGCUGAAGAAGCGUCCCAUCGUCUUUGUGGAUGAACUGCCGCAAACGGAGGCCUUGGCAUUGACCAAGAGCUCACAGUUUGUUCCAGCAGUAAUCGUCCAGCAAGAGGAACAGCCACAGGAUCUCUCACUCAAGCGCAAAGCCAGCGCUCUGGAUGACUUUGAGGAUUACGAGCUGCCGGCCAAGCGUGAAUACGUCUUGAAUUUGUCCAAGACAACGCCACCACGCCGUGCCUGCUCACCGCUCAGCUCGGCUCUGCUAUCGCCGCCCGCCGAGCAGGAGGAGUACCAACCCACCGAUAUACACAUGCGUGGUCUGACUGCAGCCACUGCCGGAUACACAACGAAUCCCUAUCAAUCGGCCUUCGUGAUGGCCGCCGGCUGCAAUCCGAUCUCGGCACUGUGGAGCAGCUAUCAGCCACAUCUGAAUGCUGCGGCAUUCCCAUCGCCUGCCAGCUCGCUGGCAUCGCCACACUCGGUCUACAGCUACCAGCAGAUGACACCACCAUCGAGUCCCGGCUCGGAGGCCAGCUCCGAGCCCGAGGAUCUCUCGGUGCGCAACGACAUUCCACUGCCGGCACUGUUCCACCUCUUCGAUGAGGCACGCAGCAGCAGCCUGGCCUCGUCUUCAUCGUCCUCUGCCUACUCUUCGUACGCCGCCUCCCACAGCUCCAGCAGCAGCUCGAGCAAUGCCAGCUCAUCGACAGCAGCAUCGACUGCGGCCAAGAACUAUCGCCACAAGUGCGACAACUGCCAGAAGAUGUACUCCACCUCGAUGGGACUGUCGAAGCAUCGCCAAUUCCACUGCCCAGCUGCCGAGUGCAACCAGGAGAAGAAGCAGCAUUCGUGUGAGGAAUGCGGCAAGCUCUACACCACAAUCGGAGCCCUUAAGAUGCACAUUCGCACCCACACGCUGCCCUGCAAGUGCCCCAUCUGCGGCAAGGCCUUCUCCCGUCCGUGGCUGCUGCAAGGACACAUUCGCACACACACCGGCGAGAAGCCAUUCCAGUGCCCCGACUGCCCGCGCUCCUUUGCCGAUCGCUCCAAUCUGCGUGCCCAUCAGCAAACCCACGUGGAUGUGAAGAAGUACGCCUGCCAGGUGUGCCACAAAUCGUUCUCCCGCAUGUCGCUGCUCAACAAGCACACCAGCUCCAAUUGCACCAUCACAAUUGUCUAGACUGGGACUUGGAAUCUGAACUGAACGACGAACCAACAUUCCGCUGGCAAGGAUCUAACCCAAAGCAAACAACUGACAAACUGACAAUAAGCCCAACUCAUAGUUAUUUCUAAGCUCGAUUUACUCUCGGUUUUGGUGCUAUAGCAUAUAAUACUCUCUCUCUAUUUAUUUCGUUUUGUAGCUCUUAAGUAUUCUGUACAUUUGCCACGAACAUUUAUCAGACAGCAUUUGACCAAAUUGUAAUAGUUUUUAGUUAACUGCUAUUUAAUUUAUACACAAUUAUUUCUAGUUAUGUUUAGCCAAUGUUAAUGUUAAGAUAUUUAUAGUUCUUAAGCGCAUAUUAUAUAUUUUUGAUA